CAGAGCCCUGAGGAAGGGGCCCCUCCCAGCUGGAGUCUCCUGCUCCGCAGAAUCUCCGCGGGCUGGGAGCACUGGUGGGAGUAGACAUGUGCAGGACCAGCUAGAGGGCCGGGGCACUUAAACAUCUGGUCCAAGUGUUCAGAGGCAACGAAAGCUAUGUCUGGAACCAUGACAGCCUCCCGCCUGGACUUUGGCGAGGUGGAAACUUUCCUGGACAGGCACCCAGAGUUAUUUGAAGAUUACUUGCUGCGGAAGGGAAAGCAGGAGAUGGUGGAGAAGUGGCUGCAGAGGCACAGUCAGGGGCAGGGGGCUGUGAGUCCCAGGUCCGCCCUGGUUGACUCCAGUGACUCGGCUCACAGAGGCAGCAGCGGCAUUGGCCGCUGCACUGGACCAGAAGACUCUGCCGUCGGCCAGCCCACUCCACGUGGCGGGGACUGUGGUGGGGUUCCGCUGAGUCCCAGCUGGGCCAGUGACAGCCGGGGCGAUGGGAGCCUGCAGCGGAGAGCUUCUCAGAAGGAGUUGAGGAAGAGUUUUGCUCGCUCCAAGGCCAUCCAUGUGAACAGGACCUAUGAUGAGCAGGUGACCUCUCGGGCCCAGGAGCCCCUAAGCAGUGUUCGUCGGAGGGCACUUCUCCGGAAGGCCAGCUCCCUGCCCCCCACCACAGCCCACAUUCUCAGUGCCCUGCUGGAAUCGAGGGUGAACCUGCCUCAGUACCCCCCUACGGCCAUGGACUACAAAUGCCACCUCAAAAAGCAUAAUGAGCGUCAGUUCUUCCUGGAACUGGUCAAGGAUAUCUCCAAUGACCUUGACCUUACCAGCUUGAGCUACAAGAUCCUCAUCUUUGUCUGCCUCAUGGUGGAUGCUGACCGCUGCUCUCUCUUCCUGGUGGAAGGGGCAGCUGCUGGCAAGAAGAGCUUGGUCUCCAAAUUCUUUGAUGUACAUGCAGGAACCCCACUGCUGCCCUGUAGCACCACAGAGAACUCAAACGAGGUGCAGGUCCCCUGGGGCAAAGGCAUCAUUGGCUAUGUCGGGGAGCAUGGAGAAACAGUCAACAUUCCUGAUGCCUACCAGGAUCGAAGAUUCAAUGACGAAAUCGACAAACUAACUGGAUAUAAGACAAAAUCUCUAUUGUGUAUGCCUAUCCGAAGCAGUGAUGGUGAGAUUAUCGGUGUGGCCCAAGCGAUAAAUAAGAUUCCUGAAGGUGCUCCAUUUACUGAAGAUGAUGAAAAAGUUAUGCAGAUGUAUCUUCCAUUUUGUGGUAUUGCCAUAUCUAACGCUCAGCUAUUUGCUGCCUCAAGGAAAGAGUAUGAAAGAAGCAGGGCUUUGCUAGAAGUGGUUAAUGACCUUUUUGAAGAACAGACUGACCUUGAGAAAAUUGUCAAGAAAAUAAUGCAUCGGGCCCAAACUCUGUUGAAAUGUGAACGCUGUUCUGUUUUACUCCUAGAGGACAUUGAAUCACCAGUGGUGAAGUUCACCAAAUCCUUUGAACUGAUGUCUCCGAAGUGCAGUGCUGAUGCUGAGAACAGUUUCAAAGAGAGCAUAGAGAAAUCGUCAUACUCCGACUGGCUAAUAAACAACAGCAUUGCUGAGCUGGUGGCUUCUACAGGCCUUCCGGUGAACAUCAGCGAUGCCUACCAGGACCCUCGCUUUGAUGCCGAGGCUGACCAGAUAUCUGGUUUUCACAUAAGAUCUGUUCUCUGUGUCCCUAUUUGGAAUAGCAACCACCAAAUAAUUGGAGUGGCUCAAGUGUUAAAUAGACUUGAUGGGAAACCUUUUGAUGAUGCAGAUCAACGACUGUUUGAGGCAUUUGUCAUCUUUUGUGGCCUUGGCAUCAACAACACAAUUAUGUACAAUCAAGUGAAGAAGUCCUGGGCCAAGCAGUCUGUGGCUCUUGAUGUGCUGUCAUACCACGCAACGUGUUCAAAAGCUGAGGUUGACAGGUUUAAGGCAGCCAACAUCCCUCUGGUGUCAGAACUUGCCAUCGAUGACAUACAUUUUGAUGACUUUUCUCUUGAUGUUGACGCCAUGAUCACAGCUGCUCUUCGGAUGUUCAUGGAGCUGGGGAUGGUGCAGAAGUUUAAAAUCGACUAUGAGACACUGUGCAGGUGGCUUUUGACAGUGAGGAAAAAUUACCGAAUGGUUCUGUACCACAACUGGAGACAUGCCUUCAACGUGUGCCAGCUGAUGUUUGCAAUGUUAACUACCGCCGGGUUUCAGGAGAUCCUGACGGAGGUGGAGACCUUAGCGGUGAUUGUGGGAUGUCUGUGUCAUGACCUCGACCACCGGGGGACCAACAAUGCCUUCCAAGCCAAGAGCGGAUCUGCCCUGGCCCAGCUCUAUGGAACCUCUGCUACCUUAGAGCAUCACCAUUUUAACCAUGCUGUGAUGAUCCUUCAAAGUGAGGGUCAUAACAUCUUUGCUAAUUUAUCCUCCAAGGACUAUAGCGACCUUAUGCAGCUUUUGAAGCAGUCAAUAUUGGCAACAGACCUCACACUGUACUUCGAGAGGAGGACUGAAUUUUUUGAACUUGUCAGUAAAGGAGAAUACGAUUGGAACAUGAAAAACCAUCGUGAUAUAUUUCGAUCAAUGUUAAUGACAGCCUGUGACCUUGGAGCCGUGACCAAACCGUGGGAGAUCUCAAGACAGGUGGCUGAACUUGUAACCAGUGAGUUCUUCGAACAAGGAGAUCGGGAGAGGUCAGAACUUAAACUCACUCCUUCAGCUAUUUUUGAUCGGAACCGGAAGGAUGAACUGCCUCGGUUACAAUUGGAGUGGAUUGACAGCAUCUGCAUGCCUUUGUAUCAGGCGUUGGUGAAGGUCAAUGUGAAACUGAAGCCGAUGCUGGAUGCAGUGGCUGUGAACAGAAGUAAGUGGGAAGAGCUGCACCGGAGAAGGCAGCUCGGCCCAUCUGCCUCGCCCUCUGCCAGCCUCACAGUGGCCGGGGAAGACAGAAACUAACCACCGAGGCCAGCUGCUGCGGCAAAAUGCAUCCUGCAGAGCCAGCUUCAGUCCAGCCCCAUCAUCCUUUUGUUCCUUAAAGUUCAGAUUGACAUGAAGUCUCGGGGAUGACUGGGGCCUUUCCGCCUGAAAUGUGGUCAGCAGGGGAGAGCUUGGUGGGGAGCACAGAGGAGGAACUGGGGGUGGGGGCACGCCCCAGGACCUUCAGCUUUCCCUGGAGCAAACACACACUAAGACUGAGACAAGGCACUGGGCAGAGGAUGGCUGUGCAUCCAGGACCUGAGGCCAGCCAGCCCUGCUCAUUCUGAGCCAAGGGAACAUGGAACAGCAAAGGCGUCAUUAGCGCCACUUCAUUUCGUGAGCAGCUCUUCUGUUAUAAGCCAGACAAUGCCUGUCUUUGCGUCCUCUCCUGAGCACCCUUUUGUGCCACACUGUCCCAAGAAUCCCCGUUUGUGUUCUGUAAAGGAAUUUCAUUUGUAUCCUAAAGCUUCUUAAUGAGGGGUCAGAGCCUUUAGAACUGCCUACCUAAAAGAUAGACUCUAUUAUCCUUACAAAUGCCAGCCUUUCCCAGUUUUCCCCUGGCAAGGUCCAUAGUGGCAAUACAGCAAAUGUGUGUCUGAUUGGCAUUCAUACACAACUCAUAUUGCCCUGGGAUUGGGGGCUCUCUUCAGUUUUUUAAUUCAACCUUCAUUGUAGACCAAGUUUUCUCCCAGAAAGAAUGGAUUAAUAGGUUUUAAUUAAAGCAAGGAUGAAAGGAAAUCUUUAGUUAGACUUACCACAAGUAACCCAGGAACGUUUAGGAGCCAUUUUCAACAGUGAGACAUUUCCGUGGAGAAUGAUCAGGGACUAUCUUGACGUCUUCUAGUGAUGAGUUUUGUAUAAAAUGUAAGGUUACUACUGGUGCCAAGCUAAAGCCAAGCAGGGGUCCCCAAUUUUGGAUUUGUCGUUAAGUGCAAGAAAUAAUGCUUGAAAAGUUAAGAAAUAACAGUCUGUGCAGAGAACAAAUUUCUGUAGGAAGCUACAUUUAUAGUAAGAAUAAACUAUAUUACAUAGA